CUCACCUACACCUCUGCUCAGGGCCGCAACGCCCCUCCCUCUCCCGGUCCACACAGAUAAACGGGUUAACGCUGUCACCAGGAGAAGACAAAUGAAGCGAGCACAGGAGAUCCCUUUCUCCCCAACUAGCCCCUCCUCGCUCGCUGUUGCUGCUUUAUCGAUUUAGGUCGUUAAAGAAACAUCCUCCUACGUUCAUUCGUGUUUGUGAAUCGGAAAAUAUUUGAUCUGCAAGAUUUAUUGAGAGUAGCGGACUGGUAUCACUGGCGCUCCAGACCGUGGGCGACUGGCAGGGAGGUGACUGUUGGUCCGUCUGCUGCAGGAGUGAAUCAUUGGGUCGGGUCUCGGAAGAUUAGACACCCCGCUUAUCACCACUCCAACUCCCCGAGGUUUCUGAUGGUUUUUAGAGAUAGAGACGGAUAAGUGAGCCAAUUCAAAUAGAUUACAGCUGAGGUGAUAUCGUCUGUGCACCUGUCAAGUAGCCUGCCCUAUAGGAUUUGAAAUGGGUUUUUAAAAAGGCACUAAAAGUCUCACUGGAGACUUGGAUCAGUGACGUUUUGGCGUUUGCCAUAUCAGGUGAUCUUGAAGAGUGAAAAGAACAGAUUUGAAGAUCAUUUAAUUUUGGGGGGGAUCCCAAUCACUUCAAGAAAAUAGCUGUCUGAUAUGAGUGUAAACACAGUCGAGUCUGGGUGACCCGCCCCCAAGUCCAAUAAAAACGGAUUGAAUCUUAAUUGACCGGAUCAACGUUUUAACAGAGAGAAGAUGCCGUUCCACCACGUCAGGUCUACUCUGCUCUACACUGGAAGUCUCCUGAGCCGGACUCUGUCUGAAGGGAGCGAAACCUUCCAACUCACCAGCAUCUCCACAGAGGAGCUAGGAGAGAUCCGGGAGGCGUUCCGGGUGCUGGACCGGGAUGGGAACGGGUUCAUCUCCAAGCAGGAGCUGGGCAUGGCUAUGAGGUCGCUGGGGUACAUGCCCAGCGAGGUGGAGCUGGCCAUCAUCAUGCAGAGACUAGACAUGGAUGGUGAUGGUCAGGUGGACUUUGAGGAGUUUGUGACGAUAUUGGGACCCAAACUGCUGUCGUCUGAGACCAGAGAAGGUUUCCUAGGAAGCACCAUCGAUAACAUCUUCUGGCAGUUUGACAUGCAGCAGAUGUCUCUGGAUGAGCUGAAGCAGGUUCUGUUUCACGCGUUCCAAGACCACUUGACCAUGAAGGACAUCGAGAACAUCAUCAUCAACGAAGAGGAGAGCCUCAAUGAGACAGGGAACUGCCCCGAGUAUGAGGGAGUCCAUCCUAAGAAGAAGAACAGACAGACAUGCGUGAGGAAGAGUCUGAUCUGCGCCUUCGCCAUGGCCUUCAUCAUCAGCGUCAUGCUCAUUGCAGCCAAUCAGAUGCUGCGGAACGGCAUGGAGUAAGCCAAUCACACUGUGAGCUAGUUAUAUGACCUCACUUCCUCUCUCUGCAGCAAAAACAGGAAUACAGACCAGCCAGAACCCAAACACCUCUGUGAAGGACAACUAUCUGUUAUUUUAAUCAAGUUUGUUUUGAUUUAUAUCACGAACAGUAAACAGACAAGAGAGUGCAAGUACUGAAGGACGCACACAGGAAAUGUCCUUUUCAGUGGAAAAAAAGACAAAUCAAAGACACUAGGAGGACUUGAUGAACAGACUGGACAUGAUACAAAGCAAUCUUUUUAUAUUUUGUGGGCAUAAAGGGAUUCCUUUCAUUUCUGUAUCAGAGAAGGCCACCCCUUUAAGAUUGAUUUUCUAACCACCCCUUUAAAAGAUAGAUUUUUUUUAACCUCCUAUUUAAAAGAUGUAUUGCCUAAUCAACAGCAAUCUAUUCAACAUGCAUCAGGUGCUUUGAGCCAUUCCUAAUGUUUAACUGAACUUUUGGUUCUGGGUUUACGGGAGGGCAACAUUGCCUGACUGGCGCUAUUGAUGUUUAAUGUUUUAAAAUGUAUCUAAACCUGUUAAUCUGUUCUUUUUUAUUAAUAUUCUACUAUCUUAUAUUUACAUUUUAUAAUCACUCACCUGUGGACAUUAUGCCAAUGGAUUUUUACACUGUAACAGAGGUGGUUUGCGACUUGAGGACAGAUUUGUGUUAGCUCCCAGAGCAAACCCCUAAACUUUAGCUCAGCUGACUUCCAUAGUCUUGAGUCACAUAGACAACAUUCUACACCUGACAUUCCCUCCCUCACAAUGUUCCAACAGUAGAGUCGACUGUCUGUCUGUCUGUCUGUCUGUCUGUCUGUCUGUCUGCACUGCAUGUGACUCAUUGGAUAUUUAAAGGCACUGUAUGUAUGUACAGUAUUUACCGUAUGUCGUGUCACUCUAAGUGUCCAUAGGGCGGUGUUCUGUGUAUGCUCAACUGUCCCCAAAUGCUUGGAACAUGAACCACCUGGCCUGCCUGGUACAUGAAUAAUAAGGUUGUGGUUUGAAAUACAGUGCUAUGAAAAAG